AUGGUUAUGUUCUUUGGAAUUGGAACGAGAAAGGGGACGAUAAACGAAGAGUCCAUUAACACACAGCACCGUCAUCGGACGCCGGGGAGAGUUUGGGAGCGGUUACCGUCUACGGUGACGACGAGCUUCACACCUUUGCAUCAUUGCCUCUACUUCCUAGGCUCAUCUGUAAUCGACGCAUCCAUUCAUAUCAUCUCUUCUUCACAGGGGACUUUGUCUAGCCUCCAUUCGAGGGCGCGUGUUGGAGGCCUCCAUCAUAUCUCAACGAGCUUUCUCUAUUGCAAGACCGUAUUUCACCAUUUUCUCAACGAGCUUUCUCUAUUGCAAGAACGUAUCAUAUCCAUGGACUUGACAUACUCUUUCACUGAUUUGAAACAAAUUUAUCCAUCUCUUUUUGUCCUAAGCUUAAACUUCUCUACUUUCGGUUCAAGCUUAUAUCAAGCAGUUAUGAAUAAAAGUCAUGUUAAGAAGCAAACAACGAUUGAGCUACAAGGACCACUACAAAAAUGCUAUCAAGAAAUCUAUGUAUAGGUGUUGAAGAAGGAAUGAAGGCAGACGAGUGUUGUGAAAUUGGCAAUAAGAACAAGUGGAAGCUUGUGUGUGCUUAAGUUGCUAGAAGAUGUGGUGUAAAUGUUGAUACUAAAAUCUUUUAGGAUGUAUAGAUAGACAUAUGUUGAUGAUAUAUAAUAGUGACGUGCUUGUUUUUGUUUAGAUCAAAGAAUUUUACGUUAUGAAAA